AUGUUCCGCACUGCCCCUCUGAUUGCCUUUGCCCUGAUCUGCCUGGCGCAGACUGGAAGAUGCCAAGUUGACGGCCCGCCCAGCAAUUGGCAGCCGACUGGUCCAGCCUCGACCGCUGGUCUUCAGGUCGACGCCAACCAGAAUCUCAAGGGCUUCAUCUCCGCCAGCGGCGACACAUUCGUUGUGUUGGCCCAGGACGGCCAGCAGACGUUCACCACCGAAGUCAACAGGGUCGCCAUUUCAGCUUCCGACCAGGUCAACUGCCGCCACGUUGAGGUGGAUGACCUGCCUCAAGGUCCCCCCAACGGAGAGCCUGGCGAGACCGCCUACCACGUUCGCGCUCGCGAUGUCUGCCCCGGAACUCCCAUGCAGCUCGACGACGCUCCUUGA